CAGCUCUUCAUCAUUUGUUCUGUUUAAAGAUACACCGAACGGUCAAAAACAUGCCUAAAGGAAACCCACCCAAGAAAAAACUGAAGCAGACAGACCUUCGGAUCUCCUUUCAACAGAGUCGUGUAGGACAGAAACAGACUGCCAGAGAUGAUAAAUCUGGGGAGAAGUCACAAGCGAGUGACAAUGUUCAGAAAACGAUGGCUCCUUCAGUUAAGAAAGAAGAUGAAGCGGGACCAUCAAAAGAUCUGCAGCAGGAAGUCGAAGAGAAAAAACACGCUUUCAAUUUUUGUAUAAACUCUAAGUCUAAGACAUAUUCAGUUGUGUGUACUACUUCCAUGACUGUGCUUGAGGCUCUUAAUACAAGCCAAUUUUUCAGUAUCGAAAAAGACAAACAGAAGAAAAAACUGAAAGAAAUACUCAUCCAAAGAUCCAAUGGAAAAGUUCCCAGAGCUGCUGUAAAGACCGAUUUCCCCUGCUGUCUUAUUGAAGAAGAUGAGAUCUUCGAUAUAACCUUCAUCCAAAAGGAUGGAAAUAGUUCUACAAAUCAACAAACAACUAUAGAUCCUUCACUCCUCAGUAAAAGAAGUAAACCUGAAACAUUAGUCACCUUUUUGGUUGAAAAAGAAGGAGGACCAAAAGUGACAUAUUUACUGAAGAGCGCAGCUUUGAGAAAAAGUGUUCGUUAUGUUUGUGUGUUUGCAUUCAAAGGAGAGGAAAUCAAAACUGCUCUUAAACGUGAUGGAAGAUUUAACGAUGUCAUUUUCGAGAAAACAUGUGCACUUUCUGAGUCUGGUACAGUGAUAAAACAUGAAUUUGUAUUACCUGUAACAAAAACGCUUAACAAAAAGACUUUCCAGGUAGUUGUUAGCCAUGACAACAAUCAGCUAAAGAGUCAGGAUGAUGUGACUCAUGUCAACACUGAGCCUAAUGAAGCUUCAGAUGCUGAUGCGGCAGAAAAUGGGCCAUGCCAGAAUCCCAUCAACACUGAGCAAGAAAAAAAACAGGAUGGAAACACAACAAAGUCUACCAAUCCUACGGUUUGUCUACCAAUGUCUACCUAUCAUGCUCUCUACCAAAAGCUGUAUGUAGCCAAACCCAUAGACAAAUCUGAAGAGAUUGCGAAAAUUCUGCGUGAUCAGUGUGAAGAUUUAUGGAAGACGGUAAAGCAGCGAGAGAACCUAAAGAACAAGUCUCAGGUCCAGAAGUUCUUCAGAGAAGAAUAUCAUAAAAGUGCUGAGAAUUUCUUGGAGGUGAAGAAAGUGAGGGAGCUCAUAAGACUCUCUGACUCUGUGUGUCAGAUUCGAGUCGGGGAGUCUCCCGUAGGAACCGGCUUCUUACUCUUCGACAGAUUCAUCCUCACUAAUGCUCAUGUUAUUGGAGAACUUGACACUUUCUCCAUGAAGACAUUCACUGCAGUAUUUGGAUAUGAAGGUUUGGAAGCAAAGGAGACCAAGCACAUACAAGUUAAACAACUCAUAGCUUCCUUUAACGGGAAAGAUGACAGCGGCAGGUAUCUUGACUACGCUCUUCUUGAAUUGGAUUCUGUUGGUGAAAUUGCAAAGUAUCCUAAAUUGCUCCGUUGUUACAGUCCAAACCCUCCUAACAGAGGUCAGAUCUGCAUUGUGGGACAUCCAGGAGAAGGGGUCAAGAAAAUGGACCCCUGCAUCAUCAUUGAGAGAGAGAAUCUACAAGAGGCUGCAGAUAAACACAAAUCUGAGAAUGAGCAUUUAAUUCAUGUUAUGAUGGAGGUGUGCGCCGAACAGAAAUGGGACCCUUUGGCAUAUAAAAACCAGAUUACUUAUAACUCUUGUUUCUUUCAUGGAUCUUCUGGCUCUCCAGUUUUUGAUGAACACUGCAAACUGAUUGGCAUCCACACUGGUGGCUAUAAGUACAAACAAGAACGUUCUAAAACUUGGAGCGUUAUGGAAUAUGGCUUUUCCAUGCAGCCUAUCCUGGAUAACAUUAAAGCACAGGCUAGAGCACAUUUCAAGGACAUAAAUGAGAUGGAUGAGUUUGUCAAUAACUUGGAAAGGGCUGCAGAGAAUCAGACUGACGUUGAAAUGGUUGAUGCCGAAGAGCUCAUAGAGUCUUGA